CCCGUCACAGCUCACAGCGCAGUGUUUGUCGGCGAUCCGUGCGACACGGUCCUGUGUGCUUUUUUUUGCGAUAGUUGUUAUUUAUCGAUGUCGUGUGCACAUUGUCCGUACGCAGACGAAUAGACAGUAUAAUUUUUAAAUUUCAAAAUCGCAAUCAUUUGCGCUCGUCAUAAAUCGGCUGGUGUACCUUAAUAGAGCAUACAAAAAAGUAUAUUGGCUAUUUGUGUAUCCGUGACACCUGCAGGAGACGACCGAUAGAUAUUGUAUACCCGAGGGCUGAAGUACCAGAAGACCCAUGUGUUUAGGUGGUACAUCUGCGUAAAGAAAAAGCGUGCUUAAUACAUGGUGUUGUUAUAAUGCGUAUUUCAGGUCCACAAUUUGAAUUUUCGUUGGAACCGUGGUUAGGUUAGAUAUUACAACUCAAUAAUAACAAACGUUACACACUUACACGCAACGAUGGAUCGGUGUGAGAACUGCGGCGACGAAUAUGAACGGUUGCUGAGCGAAGAGGAUGACCGGUCGUCGGCAGCCGAGAAUCAUGGCGACGAGAGCCCGCUUCAUUUGCGCCAGCGACCCGUCGAUAACGGUCGUCGCGUCGCCUACGGCUUCGGACACGUGUUCAACGACAUUACCGCGGCCAUUUGGUUUUCUUACACUCUGGUGUUCAUGCAAAACGUGGUUGGCGUGCCCGCGACCACCGCUGGAUUUCUGCUGUUUUUCGGUCAAACUGUAGAUGCAAUAGCAACCCCAUUUGUGGGAAUCAUGGUUGACAAAUUAGGGAAAAAGAAAAAUUGGGUGCUUUUAGGCACAGUAAUGGAAGCCAUAAGUUUUCCGUUAAUAUAUUACGUUUGGAAUUUGUCCAUAGUCGUAACUACUUUGAUUUAUAUUUGCGCGAUAUUAACAUUCCAAAUGGCAUGGGCUCUUGUUCAAAUUUCUCACUUGUCGUUGAUACCAGAGCUGACUGAUUUGUCUUUAGAGAGAGGCAAAUUAACUUCAAUAAGAUACAUUUUCACAGUGUCCACGAAUAUUUUAAUGUUCAUCAUCGCUUGGUCAGUGUUCAGAGGUGCACGGAAUAACGGAAAUGCGGGUAGUCUCAUUGGUCCAAACGACUCAGAGAAAUUUCAAAUGUUGGCGUUAAUUGCUACAACGAUUGGAGUGUUCUCCGCGUUUGUUUUCCAAGGACUAUUGAAAAGCCCACGAAAUACCAAUAGAAAAUUGAUGUACCGACAGAAUCGACAGAUAAAUGUCGACAAAAUACUAACCUUUUGUAAAAACGUUCAACUGUAUCAAGUGGCUAUUGUGUUUACGACUUGUAAGCUGCUGAUAAAUAUAGCUCUGAUCUAUAUACCGCUUUUCAUCAACGAAUCGGCAAUCGACGAAUCUGGUACCAUUGCUAGCAUACCGUUGGUGGCGUAUGUGUCUUCUCUGGUCACAUCUAUAGGCGUGGAAUACGUCAAGCCGUGUUUUAAAUCCGAUAAAGUGACCUUUACAAUUGGUAGUAUAAUAUCAAUUUUUGGAUCAUUAUUGGUAUUCUUCAAUCCUAAUAAUGAACUGACUUAUCACUUCUUAUGCUUAGCUGCUGUAUGCUUUGGUUCAGGAAGUGCAAUAACUUCAGUGUUAAGCCUUAGUGUCACUGCGAACCUCAUUGGAAAUGAUACAGAUUGUGGAGCUUUCAUAUACAGUUCAGUCACAUUUUCUGAUAAAUUGAUUAAUGGUUUAGUUAUCAUUGGAAUAGAAUUCAUGAAGUGCACAGAUUUGGAAAAAUGCUCUCAUUAUUACAGAGACGUUUUGGCAUUUAGCAGUGGAUCACUUGCAUUAAUUGGUUUAUUGGUGUUUUUAACAAUACCAAAAAUACUUAUAAAGGCAACAAAGAGUUCAUCAUCUCAUAUAGUUAUUUAAAUUAAAUUGUACAAAUAAAAUAUGU